AUGGAUAGAGUAAGUACCAUUCUUGAUGAAUACAAUAGUGAAUACUCUGGGAUAUGGGAAGGAGACCUGGGAACCGAGGACCUAGAUGAGCUAAACAGAUUAUACCCUGGCUAUAGGGAAAUGAAUCCUGAAGAUAUGGACUCUGAAAUAGAAGUUCUCCGAAGGAGGGUAACGGGAACGGAGCAGUCGGACGAGAAAGAAGAUAUUAAAAGAGAAAUUGAAUACGUCAGUCAGCUAAGAAGAAUAAAGACCUUGAAGAAUUCAGAAACCGAGGCCUAUCUAAACGCAACCCACAACACUCUCAAGGAAGAGGUAAAAACAUUAGUUGUACUUAGGAGAAUAGCCAAGGCUGAAGUUAGAAGGAUUGACUACUCGGAAAAAAUAGACAGAUUGAAGGGUAUUAUGGAAAACCUAGGUUUCAAUCCCAAUGAGCCCGAGGAAGAGCUAGAAGCAGAGGAAGAAGAACGUAGGAAAGAAGAAGUUAGAAAGAAGGAGGAAGAAGACCGUAGGAAGGCUGCCGAGUUAGAACGCGAGAGGCUUGCAGAAGAAGCUGCCGAACGUCAGAGAAAAGCUGAGUUUGAGCGUAAAGGAGACGAGAUUAAAAGACGCCAGGAAUCUGUAAAAGGUGAUAAGGAGAAAACAGAGUACUGGAAAAAGAAGCUCGAAGAAUGGGAAAAAGAAAAGUCUAAACCCAAGGAAGAACCUAAGAAAAUCCCAAAGAAGCCUCAACCUGAGGAACCCAAGAAGCCUUACAGAGGUAAAGAACCUAAGAAACCUAAACCUGGGGAACCCAAGAAGACCAAAAGAGGUAAGAAGACCGAGGAACCUUUACCUGGGGUAGACACUGAAUUGCUAAAGGAUACUUUCAACUUUGAGAACCUCCUAUUUCAGGUCGCAGAGGAUACUAUCCCGGAAGAUGAUCAACCUAUAUUUAGCGGUGAUAGUACAGAAAUCAUGUUGAAGGAUGUUAGGGAAUAUCUAACGAGGUAUGAAAGAUUCAAAUCAUGGGUUGAGAAUAACUUCGGAAUUGUGCUUGCAAGUAUUAUAGUGUCAGUUGCUGCUCUCCUUACAGCUAUUAUCAUACAGACUAGAAAAAUAUCCUCAAUGACAGCAAACUCUACACAUAGAGGUGCAGAUUCUUCACCCAGGCCACUCCCUGAUAUAACAAGCAAACUGAUUAAAUUCAUAUCAUCAAACUUAUGGGUGGUAGCUACAGCUACAGGAAUAAUUUUACUAUACAAAUACAACUAA